AGACGGUCCCGCGUCAGAAGGCUGAGCGCAGGGCGAAGAGUCAACACGCGCAUAAGUGGGUUUUCCCGUCCAGGGAGCCUAGGGAGUCCAGCGAGUGAGCCAAGUGUUACCCGGCCUGUAAGUCAUCUGGAAGGCUUCUCCUCAGAAGGCUCCAAAAAUGUUUGUCAGACUCCCAAGACUGACUCCUGGGUACAUCAGGCUGCUGCAGACCCAGGCCUACCAUAACGGGCCCGUGGCGGCUCCCGCCGAGAAGACCGUCCCUGGGGCGGCCAUGCUCCUGGGGGCCGUGGGGAUCGGGAUGUGCGGCUACAGCUCCAGGCAGCUGGCCCUCUACCACCGUCCCUCCGCCCGCGUGCUCCAGUGGGUCGGCACGCACACCGAUGCCAGCGCCGCCGCACAAAGGACCCCCUUCAUGGAUGUAUCUCGCCGGGCCGGCGCCUGCCAGGAGAUCUCACCUCCCUCCUUUGUGGGCCAGAAAGUUCCCUCAAACUAAUCUGUCACGCUAGAUCGGAUGUAGAUUGGCCAGCUUCACAGCUUGAGUUCCGGUAACUACACUUGAGGUCUAAGAUCGUAGCUAUGCCGGCCCAUUGCACUAAUGUGGCCCAUGUGCUCUCUGGAGACGUUAAGUGUGGAUAUCUGACUGAACCUGUAUGUUGGCAGGAAGUUGUAGUAAUCUGGAGUUCUGUAACUAGUGCGACAUGCAAAAAUAGUUUACAUUCAUCUUCUUCUCUAAUAUUAGACCAUUGAAUGCACUAAAUGAGAGGGCACUAAGCAAUGAGAGUGAUUAGACGAGUCGGUAAGUGAUGCUGGAACGUCUCAAAGACUGCUGCUGAAUGUGGCUUGGAUGAGCUGGCAUGUUUCAUUUGGAGACAUUGUGUGUCUUUUUGAGGUCUGGCGUAAAACGGGACUGAUGCUUGGCAGCGGCCCUCUGUACACAGAUGGUUGGCAACCCUCUCUCCGUGACCCCCACCGGCCCUCCCUCCCCCACACGCGCUCUCUGUCAUUCCUUAGCCACAUGUAAGUGCUGCAGCAGCCCAUCGUUGCCCAUAACGUCAAUUGAUUUCCUCUGAGGAGGAGCAGGUGCCAUCCGUCAACGAGCCCGGGCGCUUUCUGGCGCCGUCCUCGUCGUCUGUCAGUCCCGACAGAGCGGUGGGAGACACCAGCUGGCCUCGCGGCUGGAUCGGUGGCCCGUGCUUCCCGCUUUCAGGGAACUCAAAUCCCCGAGGAUUUGGUCGAGGUCGAGGAAGAGCAGCGGCAGGGAAGGUUUUGCGGCUCGAGCGGCGCGCACAUUUUUGAAACGCGACAUGUAAACAGUCCCGCGAAUGCAUCACGCUGGAUUAUGAGUCCUAAUUUGGCCGUCUGAGACACUAGAGGCCGAGGUGUAACGGUGAUUCCUCCGAGAUAAAUCUGUGUCCUCGACGGGGAUUAGCCGUGGUGGAAAGUCACUCAUGGCACACACACUCAUUAACCUAAUCUGGUAUUAGCGGGACAAGGGCCCGUGAGAAGCAGACAGGUCCUGUGCAUCCUAACCUUGCAGCGUCCCCCCUGCGGCGUCCGCCAUUCGUCCCUAGCGGAUCUGUAGAUUAUGGAACUGGUGUUUCCGUUUGCGGUCACACCAAAAACGUAGCGCUGAGAAGGGACUUGAGAUUUGGUGAGACGCUGAGCGUGGUUGAGAACGCGUGCUGUGCCUUAUAAGGACAGCGCAGGAUUAUACUGUCUCAUGAUGUGUGUCACGGCCAUACCUGACAGACACUCAGUAAGAGGGAAACAGAAGGAGGAGGAGGAUGAAUUUCCUUGGUGUUCUGCAACGUUCUGAAAAUGCAGGAGCGUUUCAUCAGAUGGAGGUCAGACAGACCUUUUUUUUCAUAGCUGAGAAGCCAUCCUUGUCGCUCUGCCAAAUUGGACAAGCGGCUAGCUGUUGCGGGUUGGUGGUAUUUAGAGCCCUGAUAACAGCCCUACAAAAUGCUAACACAGCAGGUCACAAAAUGGUUAUAAUUCACUCAGCAGAGGAGGCUAAUGGCUCCAACUGGCAUGGGACGCAGAACCAUUGGUCACCUUUCUCCGUACGGAGACUGACACCCAUAAACAAUCUGAUAAUGGCGUUGUAAUGAUCUGAGGACAAGAAGAUCCCUUGAGGGAAAUAUACAGGGCGAAAAUAAUAUCUACUAUGCAAGAAACAGCUAAAUACACUGUAUAUGUCUGACUCCACUCUGGAAUCUUCUAAAGAAAAAAAAAAAAGUGAAUUUGCCACGCCUGGCCCCAAAACUGCAUUCUGCAGUCACAUUGCUCCCAGCAGAAAUCAAAGUACGUAUGGGCCAGGGGCUGUGUGAGUGCACCUGGCUGGGGUUUGAUGGAUUCUCCCUAUGCUGCAGUGGCGCACAGUGAGCACAGAGCACGGUGGAAACCUAUUGAUCUCCAUCAGAGAGCAGGGGGUAGGGGGGGAGAGCUCGUCUCCUCACUGCAGCAAACUUCCCCUUUCACUCAGCAGUCGUUCACGCAGUCACCGGGGGACGACCGCCGAGCCAGGGCGUCCAAAAGAAGGCAACACCUGGGAACGCGUCGGAAUGGAAAUGCAGAGGGUUGUCAGGAUCCCAUGUCGGGAUUGCCGCGUGCCCAACACAUCAGUGCUCAUCCAACCCCAGCUGUGAAGGUCUACAAACUCCAGUUUAGCUGUGGCUGUUAAAGGAAAGACUUGUUCUGUUCGUGAAAUAAUUCAUAUUUAAUGAAAGGAUGUUGGAGUAGACGUAAAUAAAAGCAUCUGGAAAAACAUUCUUCUUUACUCUUGCACAUUAGUCACAGCUGUGGAUCAGAUUGUUUCUGUAUGAUAUAUUAUUUUUGUAAUAAAGAAAUAAAUAUUUUUA